AUGGAGCCUACAAAUGGAGAAGGGCCUGAUGGCUCUUCACUUAAGCCUGUAUCAUCCUUGCGAGCACGAUUCGAGAAUAUGGGAACCUCUCCCAACUCUAACGUCAGCAAACCUACCGAAGUACCACCUACCGCUUCAACCAGCCAGCCGCCUUCACGACCCAUCUCUCCAGCUCCGAAGCCGACGAGACUGCGUGAUUUCAAACCUGAAGCACCGCCGGCUAGCCCUUCAACUCCAAUCGUCCCUGCGAGACCAAAGCCGAAGCCUGCAGCAUUGUCUGUCAGCCAAGAUGCCCCUCCCCCGCCGCCGUCUGCGAAACCUGUCCCGCCGAAACCACAAGUUCAGACUCAACCAACACCACCUAUACCUCCUGCUGUGACGGUACUUCCACCUCAGUCGCCGCCAAAGAAUCGAAUUCCAGCUCUUGCUGUUGGGGAUCAGCCUUCAUUUGUGAACCCAGAUGCCGUCGCAUCACCCGCUACACCGUUGGCUAGAGGCCAGUCCUUCAAGAUCCCCAGUCGAUCAUUAAAUACUUCACCAUCUUACAACGCUCCCAAAUCUCCUCGACCUGGAGGCUCUCGACCGCCAUCACCUCCUCCGCCUAGACGAUCUGGAGAGAUAAGUCGAGUUAAGGUGCCUCCACCACCGCCAGCACCUCGAAAUGACAAGGCACUUAUUCCAGCGCCCAGGAUGGGGGCUAUCUCUGGAGCAACGGUAGCUCGGAGGAGUGAUAUUUCACAAGAGAAUUCGCCGUUCAAUAGUCCUCCAAGCAGCUUAAACUCUGGUGACGAGACACCACCGAAAUUACCGACUCGUCCAAGACCACAAUCACAAAUUGAGCCCCAAAGACCGAGAUCAGUGGUUGUCGGUUUCGAUCCUCCGCCUGUUCAUCAUUCAGUUAGGAAAGAUCGUGAGGAGGCAAAUGGGAUGAGAGGGCAUAUUACACCUCAAAUGACUGGCGAUUCUAGACCUGCGUUACCAGCGAGGACGUUUGAACCUCCCCCUCGACCUCCUCCGUUAAAUAACAAUAACAGCAUGCCACCUCCACCACGACCUCAACGACCAGCUGCACCAACCGCGGUUCAAGCUGUUGACCCUAUGCCUUCAUCAUCACCACCGAAGCGAGUCGUUUCACAACCGGAUCAGAAACCACAGCAGUUGGCUGCUCCUAGGACACACGGCAGAUCAAUGACAAUAGAUAGAGCAUCCGAUCGAACACCCGCCGAGUUCCGUAUCGCUCCAGUGAGUAUUCCGGCAACUAUUCCAGCAUCAGCUCCCGCUGCUCCGCCCCCAAAGGCAAUAGCAUCCACUCCUGUUGUUGCCGCUAGACUUCCACCAAAAGCCGAGGCCAUUCAUCAUGUCACCACGUAUCCCGAAGCUUCAAAUACCAAUCGACGACCACCUUUCAGCAAACAUGGGACUUAUGAGCUCUCGACAAAGUAUGAUGCGAGGAGCUUUGAUGUGUGUGGUGAAUUCAUCUGCGCCAGUGGUUAUAUGACAAGAGUCUGGAGUUUAAUAGAUGGCGAACAAAUCAUGAGUCUUCAACAUACCGAAGGAGUUAGAGCGAGUGCAGUAAUCUUCAAACCAGCUGCCGAUCCGAGAGAAGAGGGAAAGCGAUUGUGGAUUGGCACCAACACCGGAGACUUGAUGGAAGUCGAAAUUGCGACGCAUGCCAUAACGCAGAGCAAACCGAAUGUCCAUGGCCGAUACGAAGUCACGAAGAUCUACCGACAUUGGAACGAAGUUUGGACUCUGGACGAGUCGGGAACACUACUUGUCUGGGGACCUGACGAAACUGCCGUUGCAAGUAUUUCUGGUCAUCCCACUCAAAGCUACAAGGUUCCUAAAGGACACACGCAUUCCAUGGUUAUUGGUGAUGAGCUUUGGCACGCCACAGGCAAGGAAAUUCGAGUUUUCGCACCAACAGUCGAUGGAAGGACCCAAUUUCAAGUGCUCGUUCGACCUCUUAUCUCGGAUAAUGCUGGAGAGGUUACCUCGGGCACUCUUGUCAAAUCACAUCCAGACAAGGUAUUCUUUGGUCAUGUCGACGGAAAGGUGACAAUUUACAACACCAAGGAUUAUUCGUGUACCACAAUGUUGAAUAUCAGCACAUGGAAGAUCAACUCCUUGACGAGUGCAGGAAAUUAUAUCUGGGCGGCAUACAACACCGGCAAGAUUUGUGUCUACGAUGUGGAGGAAGCGCCUUGGGUCAUUCUCAAGGAGUGGCAGGGACACGAAAAUCCUAUUGUCAAGAUGUCAGCCGAUCCUUCGUGCGCAUACUUUAUGGACCGACAGCAAGUGAUUUCGUUGGGAGCAGACAACAAGAUCAAGGCCUGGGAUGGUUUAUUGGAAGACGACUUCCUUGAGGAUUCUAUGAAGUCAAAAGACACCCAGUACUGCGAUUUCGAAGAGAUUCGAGCGUUAUUCUUUACAUGGAAUGCAGGAGCAUCGACACCGUCAAGUUUGCGACACUCUCAAGGCGAUGCAACCUUUUUCCAAGACCUUGUUCAGUCAAGUGGUUCACCGGAUAUUCUUGUGUUUGGUUUCCAAGAACUUGUUGAUUUGGAGGACAAGAAACUAACGGCCAAACGAUUCCUCAAACCCAAAAAGAAGGAAGCUGGAACUGACCAGGAACGAAUGAGCCAUCAAUAUCGAGAUUGGCGUGACUUUUUGAUGAAGACACUCGACGACUAUAUGCCGGCAGACGACCUUUACCAUCUCCUCCACACAGCACCCAUGGUAGGACUCUUUACAUGUGUAUUUGUCAAAGCACAUCUUCGAGACAGAAUUCGAGGACUUCAAGGGGCAGAGGUGAAGCGAGGUAUGGGUGGUUUACAUGGUAACAAGGGUUGUGUUGCUGUUCGCUUCCGAGUUGACGAUACUUCGAUUUGUCUUGUCAAUUGCCAUUUAGCUGCUGGGCAGUCACAAGCGAACGCACGACACAACGACGUCGCUGCCAUUCUCGAAGCCAAUUUGUUCAACACUGAGAGGGAUUCGGCAUCGCGUAUCGACAGCUUUGUUGGUGGAGGCGAUGGAAGUCUGAUUAUGGAUCACGAACUCUGCAUUCUCAACGGCGAUCUGAACUACCGAAUUGACACCAUGUCCCGCGAUACUGUUGUCGCAGCAGUCAAACAGAACAACCUCGGCAAACUCCUCGAGCGAGAUCAGCUUUUGGUAGCACGUCGCCGAAAUCCAGCAUUCAAGCUUCGAGCAUUUGAAGAGAUGCCAAUUACAUUCGCCCCAACAUACAAAUACGACGUGGGUACCGACAACUACGACACGAGCGAAAAGAGACGAAGCCCUGCUUGGUGUGAUCGACUAUUAUAUAGAGGUCGAGGUCGAGUUGAACAGUUUGACUAUAGACGGCAUGAGGUCAGAGUCAGCGAUCAUCGACCUGUGACUGGAACUUUUAACCUUUGGGUCAAGAAGGUUGAUCCUAGAGGCAGAGCAACAGCCUGGAUGGAAAGUCAACAAAGCUUUGAAGAUAUGUGUGAGAAGGAGACUUCCGAGGAUAAACUCUGCUUCCUGAGAGACAUUUGCGGCUUUGACGAAGAGACGAGUAAGCGACUCAUUAGAGAACGAUCCGCAAGGCGUGAAAACCGAAGUCCUGUCCGCACUUAG